AUGGCCGAGCUUACGGUGCUGGUACCCCUACACCCGCCGCAUGGAUGCCAACUGUGUCUGCCCAUCCCGCGUGAUUAUGCGGACCAUGCGGGGCUGGUGAAACACCUCAAGCACAUUCACGGUACCACCUUGCGGUUCGAGUGCCGUGCCUGUGGGUACACCCACGACAAGCUCAAGGCGAUUAAGGCCCACCAGCUCAAAACCGACGACUGCCGCCUACGAAUCGAGGCCUGCUCACCCCCACCUCCGCUUCCGGCAGAUCGCAAGAAGGUGUGCAUACCCACCCGGCCCAGGAAACCAUACCAGCGAAGGAAACGUCGAUCAACGGACAACACACCGACCAGCCAAGGGCGACCUACUACCAGCCAGCAGACACAACGGCCUACAAGGAGAUCCACCCGCCCAAACAACUCCACGCAGCCUUCCAACCUUAUUGACUGCAGGGUGAGUAUCACUCCUAUUUCAGAGCCACCAGCCACGCUCUCCACGGCCCAGGAGUCCCAACCUCCACCAGAGACUCCCAGUCCUCCGCCAACCCUUCGUCGGUGUCGCCGUCGGCACAGACCCAGCACUCCGACCGACCAACCACCAUCUCCUGCCUCGAGUUGCCCUAGUCCACCUACGGCAGUCCCGCCACCAGUGUCACCAGCGACAACGCCAACAAUCUGCCAGCCACCGCCCCUGACACCUAGCCCAACCUGCCAGGACAACCAGGAGACCACCGAUCCUCCAGGUGCAAUCCCCAUCCCUUCCACCGCCCCAGCGGAGACACUACCGGCACCAACACAAACCGACUCGCAACCCCACCCUAGCUGGGUCAACGCAUGGUGUAGUAGGUUUGCUGCAGCUAUAGACGAAGAUAUGCUAGACGCAAUGACUGACGACCUAGUGGCCCUCGCUCACAAGAUCUGCGACGUCACUCCAUACCAGCCAGCACGACGUGAAAGACUGUCACAUGACAUCACGGACGACGCCAGACAGAUCCAACGCCUGUAUCGCACCAACAGGACGAAGGCCGUAUCCAUUAUCACCGAGGGUCAACCGCUGUACUGCCGCAUCGACAGCACGCAGAUACAGCAGCACUUCACUAACGUCUACGCAUCCACUCCCCACACCUGUGGGCCCUUCCCGUCUUUUCUCCCUACAGCCUACAAGCCUCCCGACUGCAACCCGCUGGUGUCACCAUUUACUCCCGACGAAGUCAGCAACAGGCUCCGGCGCUGCCACAACACCGCUCCCGGACCUGACGGACUAAGAUAUCAUCACUGGCUUCACACCAAUCCAAGCGGAGCCAUUCUCUGUAGCACUUUCAAUGCAGCCCUUCGUCUCUUAUACAUACCGCUCAACUGGAGGUGCUCCAACACCAUCCUCAUCCACAAGAAAGGGGAUCAGAAUAUUAUCGACAACUGGCGCCCGAUCGCGCUGUCGAACACUCUGGGUAAGACUUUUUCAGCCUGCCUGGCCAGCAGAUUCCUCACUUGGUGCACUGUUAACGAAAUCUUCUCUGGCGCCCAGAAGGGAUUCCUAAGGCACGAGGGAUGCCUAGACCACAGCUUCCUCCUGCAGACCAUCACGCAGGACGCCAGACGCAAGCUCAGGAACUGCCAUAUUGCUUGGCUAGACCUAGCCAAUGCAUUUGGCUCUGUCCCUCAUAGCACCAUCCUUGCUUGCCUCAACUGGUGUGGUCUUCACCAUGACAGCAUAGCCAUCAUCGAGGAGCUGCUGCGUCACAACUACACCAACAUCCGCACCCAUGAGGGUCUUACCGAGAGCAUCCCUAUCAACUCCGGCGUUAGACAGGGCUGUCCCCUCAGCCCCCUUCUGUUUAACGUGGUAAUUGAAACUGCAAUCAGGAGCGUCAAAGACCUUCAACUAGGAUAUAAACUCUAUGACGAGGAAAUCGGCAUACUUGCCUACGCCGACGACUUAGUCUUGAUAAGCUCCACCGCCGAUGGGCUGCAGCAACAGCUCAACCGUAUUUCCGAUUGGGCUAAAUGGGCGGGCCUCUCCUUUAAGCCAGGUAAGUGUGCUACCUUAUCUAUUCUAGGCGACAAGCGCACCACUGGCAACAACAUCUUCACACUCGACGGACAUCCGAUUGAUCAUCUACAGCGAGACGGCUCCUACAACUACUUAGGGAUACCAACUGGCUUCUCGAACCACAACACCGAUGAUAAUGUCGUCACCAACCUCAUGGAUAACAUCACCAAACUGGACCGCGCCAAGCUUGCCCCCUGGCAAAAAUUCGACGCCAUGAACUCCAUCCUCCUUCCCAAACUAACCUAUCACCUUCUACUGGGCACCAACCCGAAAAAACGCCUCCAUGCGUUGGACAAGCACAUCAAGAAAUGUGCCAAACGGUGGCUCUACCUACCACAACGAGCGAGCAACGAAAUCAUCCACCUCCCCUACGACAGGGGUGGGACUAACAUCACCCCAUGCAGCGAACUGGCAGAUAUAUGCCAGCUUACACACGCUGCACAUCUUUUUGAUUCCAGGGACCCAACUGUCACAGCCAUAGCACUAGGUAGUCUGCGCAGUGUGGUAAGACACCGCAUCAGGAGGACACCCACAGACGAAGACAUCAGGGCGUACCUAGAUGGCUCCAUGGAAGGCGACCUCGGCCUCCCGUCCAAGGACAUUACCUCCAUCUGGACCCGGUUGAGAGCAGCAACGAGACGCCUACGCAAAAUCAUCAACGUCUCCUGGCAAUUUACAGGCACAACCUUCAUCCUUACCACCAACGACAACCAAAUCCCACGCCAAGCCUGCACCAAGGUCCUCACUGCAAUGGUGAAAUCUGCUCUGCUCCACCAUCUUUUACAGAAACCCGACCAAGGUAAGGCUUUUCAGCUGAUUGCCGGUCAUCCGACCAGCAAUCACUUUCUUAGGGACGGGCUAUACACAUCGUUUGCAGAUUGGCGGUUCGUCCACCGUGCCCGCCUUAGCGUCGUCCCCCUGCAUGGCCUAAGGCGCUUCGGCACGAGAUCCAAGAAGUGUCGUCAAUGCAGCCACCCUAACGAAACACUGGCGCACGUGCUGAACCACUGCGGCCCCAACCUGCGACUCGUAACCCAACGUCACAACUCAAUCUUGAACCGCUUGAGGAAUGCAAUCAACGACCGAGGCCUGAAGAUUCUCUGCAACCAGCAAGUGCCAGGCUUCGACGACCGUUGCCGACCAGACCUCGUCACCAUCUGCGACCGCACCAAAACAGCCACAAUAGUCGACGUUGCAGUACCCUUCGAGAACGGACGUAACGCCUUCGACGUCGCCCGCAACACCAAGGUGAGCAAAUACUAUGCCCUCACACAGCACCUACGACAGCAAGGCUACGACACGUACUGCGACGCCUUCAUCUUAGGUUCGCUAGGAGGAUUUGACCCCGCAAACAUCGCAGUUAUCCAACGCCUUGGCAUCAGCUGA